GUCAGAAGUUCGAAUUUUAGUUGAAAUAUGUUUUACAGGCAGCGGGAUCCCGAGAUCUACGGCAGUUCCAGCUCCCUCUGCAGCUCCAGCUCCGAUCUGAGUCGCCUAAUAGCCGGAUCUGAAUUUAGUCGAAUACGCCGCUAUACCCGCACUCGAGUGAGGAAGGAUCGGCCCCAGCACGUGCACUAUAGCCCAUAUGAGACUAUCGAUUUAGAGGAGGCUCCCACCAUUCCGUAUCCCAAAUCGGUGGCCUUUAUCAUCAGCAAUGAGUUCUGUGAGAGGUUCAACUAUUAUGGAAUGCGAACCAUUCUGGUGUUGUAUCUCACAAACAAGCUGGGCUACAAUGAGGAGACCGCCACGGUGCUCUUCCACACCUUUACCAUGCUGGUCUAUAUCUUCCCCCUGAUCGGAGCUCUGAUAGCCGAUGGCUGGCUGGGAAAAUACAAGACUAUAUUAUAUCUAUCGCUGGUCUAUAGUUUGGGAGCCAUGGUGGUUUCCUUUGGCGCAGUUCCACUUACGGGGAUGCCAACCAAAGCGGUGACCGUUGUGGGACUCUUGCUUAUUGCUAUUGGAACUGGUGGGAUCAAACCCUGCGUUUCGGCGUUUGGUGGGGAUCAAUUCUCGCUGCCAGCUCAGAGUCUUCAGCUGGCCAAGUUCUUCUCGCUGUUCUACUUUGCCAUCAACGCUGGCUCCCUGAUCUCGACCACAUUCACCCCGAUCCUGAGGGCCGAUGUCCAUUGCUUUGGCGAUCAGGACUGCUUCUCACUGGCCUUUGGGGUGCCCGCCAUCCUGAUGAUCAUCUCGGUGCUGAUCUUUAUGGCCGGCAAGCGUUUGUACAGGUGUCAGCCUCCCGCGGGAAAUAUGAUCUUCGGGGUAUCGCGUUGUAUUGCGGAUGCCUUCAAGGGCUGGCAGAAGCGGAGGCACUCGGAGCCGAUGGAGAGCUUCCUAGACUACGCAAAGCCGACGGUGGGUGCCCGAAUGGUGCAGGAGACCAAGUGCCUGGGCAGGAUCCUGCGCCUUUUCCUGCCCUUCCCCGUCUUUUGGGCCCUCUUCGAUCAGCAGGGCUCGCGCUGGACCUUUCAGGCCACCAGGAUGGACGGAAUGGUACUCGGCUUCCAGAUCAAGCCCGAUCAGAUGCAGGUGGUCAAUCCACUGCUCAUCCUGGGAUUCCUGCCGCUCUUCGACUACAUUAUAUACCCCAUUCUGCGGCGCUGCGGCAUCAGGAGGCCCCUGCAGAAGCUGACCAUUGGCCUGCUCCUGGCUGCUUUGGGAUUCUUCCUGUCGGCUGGUCUCGAGAUGAAGAUGGAGCAGGCCGCCUACGGAGCCACGCCCACGGAACCGGAUGUGGCCCACCUGCGGAUAUACAAUGGCAUGCCCUGUCGCUAUGAAAUUUCGAGUGAUGUGGCUAGGAUGAUGGGUUCGCCACAGCAUAUAGAACCACUGGGCAUGUGGCAGGACCUGACGGUUCGUCUGCCCAAGUCCAAGACGUUCGCAUUUAAGGCUCAACCUGCCUCCGGAGAGUGUUCAGCCAUCACUGGGAAGUUGCGUUUGCAGCCGGGCAAGUCGGUGGGCUAUUUCCUGGCCCAGGACAAGCUGGUGGAGUUUGCCGAUGGACUGGAAUCGACCGCCGUUGACAGUGGUCGCUCCUCAGUGAGGGCCUUGCUGAAUACGCCCGAGAGCGAGGGACCUGUCCUGCUGUCCACCGAGUCAGCUGGAACCCCGGAGACACCCAUCUCCCUGGACAACCGCAAUGCGUCGCAGCUGUACAGGAUCCCAGCUGGCUUCUCGCAGGUGAACAUCAAUGGCCAGAAUGUGGGCAACUUCGAGGCCAAGGGUGGAGGACUCUACAGCCUUUUGGUGGCGGGAAGCUCUCGCGAUGGCUACCAAUACAAUCUGGUCGAGGUGCUGCCCCCCAGUGCCGUCUCCAUUCUGUGGCAGCUGCCCCAAAUCGUAGUGAUGACGGCGGCCGAGGUUAUGUUCUCGGUCACGGGACUGGAGUUCUCCUACUCCCAGUCGCCACCGAGCAUGAAGAGUGUCCUGCAGGCCUGCUGGCUGCUUUCGGUGGCCAUUGGCAACAUGAUCGUCGUGGUGAUUGCCGAGUUCAAGUUCACCAGCUCCCAGUCCGGGGAGUUCACCCUGUUCGCCAGCCUCAUGCUGGUGGACAUGCUCAUCUUCCUGUGGCUGGCCCGCAACUACCAGUACAAGGAUCAGUGCGAGGACCUCGAGGAGGACGACGAACCGGUGAUUGAGGAUGUUAUGCAGUCGAAGCCCCGGGCAGCUGCCAUUGAGCAUCCCCAGCGAAGAGCCGGCGGCAUGGAGGCGGAUCCGGGCUACGGGGCCUAUCGCAAUCACGCCUACGAUAACGAUUUCUCGGAGGCCUGAGAUCCGUACUUACGUAUCGAAAUGAUAAUCACCAACUUUUGUCGCCCGCACUCGCAUUUAGUCGUAGUCAACUCUUGUAUUUAUUUUAUCUGUGCGCAUUUAUAUUCAUAGUCGGCUGUAAAUAUGUUUGUUUUAAACGAGUAUUGUGUGUAUGCAAUUUUUUUUAUCCAAUUGUUUUGUAAAUACAUUUUAUACGUUUUAUUAUA